CACCAGCAGCACUUCUUCAGAGAGAAGCAGAAAAAAAGGGAAAGAGUCAGACAGAGAGAGAAAGGGAGAGUCUAAUAGCAAUGUCCUCUCUAAUAUUUCCACUAAACAAGUGUCGGAGCAGUUAGAUGCUUCCUUUGCAUCUAAUAACGCCGCAGAUUGAUCUGUUCUCUCCGGGACGACCACACAAUUAGGAAUCUCCAUGGAUGUAGAAUCUGAAAGCUGGAGACGACAGCCUAUGCUUCAGAGGCAAGCCGGACAGGACGAACGUCCCUGGAAUAGGCCUCCUCGCGCAGCUCGUCCUCACAGCUGUAUUGAAGGCAAACUGAAGGACGAGUGGCUUCAAACAUUUAACAGUCUACAGACUAAUGAGGGGCUUCCUUACCUCCAGAAGAACAACACGCCUCGGAGUGAAAGCCCCAGUUUGGUGGCAAGCUCUCGGAGCAGUCUGGAGUCUCUGUGUUCUGGACUGGAGCGCAAGGAAAAGGUUCAAAUUAAGACAGGACCAAACACUCAGAGAGCCAAGGUGUGCUGCCUCGCUCCAGUUCAGAUCGGUUGGCUGCCCUUACAGAGACACGUGGUGAGGAAGGAGAGGCCGAACAAUGAUGCAGCUCAACAGGAUGGUAACAGCUGCAAGGUGAAGCUGAAGCCUCCCAUCACCCCCGUGUUACGCUGCAGUUCAGUCAGAGCAAACGGAUCAGAGUUAGGAGAGUGGACUGGGGUCAGGGGAAUGUCUGGAGCUUUCUCUCUACAGGCUGAUGCUAAAAGGAAGGCCACUCUUGCAGAGAGAGAUCAGGACACAACACUUGAUCGGGCCACCAGCGUGCAGAACAGCACAUCUCCUGACAGAUUUCUGUGGCAGACCCCAGUGCACAGGAGAAGGAGCGUUCCUCAGGUAUCUCUCCUCACAGAACCGUCUGUAGGUGGCAGAACGUCUCUCAAACAUAGCAGCUCCAUAUCCUCCAUCACAAUCACCUCCAGAAAGGUCAUCCGUUCCUCAAGCUUGCCUGAUACCAGCAUGUCUGACCAGGAUAGAAACAGGGAACCCAGCCCAAUGGCCUUAAACAACCACAUCAAGGACCCAGAUCUCACAAACCCUCUAUACCCGACAAAGAUCAUCCCACAGAGGAAAGCAGUUGUGGUUAAAAUUACUGAACAAAGAGUGGAGACUAGUAGAUUUCUGCAUCCGGGUGCUAAAAAUGGUCCAGUCUAUAGUCACCCUUCAACUCGGACUACUGGAGACCACUAUUUCUCACACUUCUCCACUAGAAGGAGCUCUGAUCUUACAUCUUCUAGUCUCUACAAGCCCUCUGUAGCUUUCUUAGGUGCGACUGGUAGAAAUAAUCAUAUACCAGAAAUGUCUACAAUGACCCACACAGAAAGGCACUCUCGAGUCCCUUUUUGUCUAGCUACCCAAGAGCCCCAGAUACCGGUGGUUCUACGGAGGAAAGCCGCCAUUAUCAAGGUGCAUGAGGAAAGAGAUAGCUCCAGCAGUGAUGAUGUGAACCAUAGAUGGAAAGCGGCGUACAGGCACAGCUUCACUGACUUUAAACCACAAUCAGACAAUACACACACACUUUCUGGAUCUAAGAUGCGAGAUUUGAGUGGCAGCACCAAAUUAUACAAAUCCACAAUGUCCCUCCAUCUGACAUCCACUAAUGGUGCUCCUCUGGAUGACUCACUCACGAGAGGUUCCCAACCCCGGAGGCCUGCUAGUUGUUAUGCUAGUCUGUUUAGUCCUGUUGAGCCAAGGGCUGAAGGUUCACAAGAUGUUACAGAUCACAGCACAGUUCUUCCCCAUGAGACAAAUAUUGACCUUGCAUGCUCCACUGCCAGCAGCUUAAACAGGUGUUGGAGCACUGAAAGAGGAGCAGGAAGCCAUGACAAGAUUUAUCCAAGGACAGAGAGCUCUGCUUCAGAUAAAGGGCAGAGCAAGAGGGAGUCUGCUCUCCUGAGGAACCAGCCUUUAACUCUCAUCAAAAUGCCAGAUAGCACAACCCAUGAGACCCAUGAUGCUAUAGUGGCCCUGAAUGCUGCCGCCAUUAUAGCCAAUAUAAAGCUGCAGAGUGAGCAGAAGAAGAAAAUCCAGACCAGUGGCAACACAGAUGGACAGAAAGGCCCUGCAUCCCUGAGGAAAGCUGCAGGAGCCAGUGCUGAUGAAGCAAAUAUUGCUGAGCGGAGUGUAACAGCUUCCUGUCCUGUGGAGAGUGAGAUAGCAGCGCAGACAAAGACAAGGCAUGCAGAGUUUGCUUCGCUCGUGACUACUCAUGACGCAUUAUUAUCGCAACCUCACACACUCAGGGAAGCGCCGGAGCAUCAGAGGUCAGACUUCAUCAGGCAAUCUCAAGCACAAGAGAGGCAACACCUGCUGAACACACACACACCCCAGCACAAUCACCAACAUCUGGUCAGGGACAGAGAGAAAGUUUUGGAUCCGGUUCUGAAUAGAGGGAAAGACUGAAACAGUGGGAGAGAGGUUAAUGAUGUUGUUUUGCUGCCGCCUGUCCGGUCUGUGCCAGCGCUGAGAAGCUCCCUGAAGACUCACCCUCACCCUCACCCACACCCUCACCCUCACACUGCAAACACUACAACAACUCCAAUACACACUACACAAUCCAAUUUACUAAUGAAAACACUCUGCAUUUAUCAAACAGUAAUCAGUUUUAUCGAAUGACUUCUUUAAUUAUUGAUUACUCGGACGAAUAUAAGAGCAGGAAGUGAGUAAAUUUUAAUCCAUAGCUGGACAUCAGUUAAAAAAAAGUGUUAUUAGCUUAAAAAUGUUAGAUGUAACUAAUUUACUAACAGCUUUUUUGAAAAAUCCUAGAUAUAUACCAGUUUACUUUUUUAACAAUGGCUGUGAAGUUUCUUCAUAAAGUUUCCAAUAACCUUUAAAGUGCAGGAUUCCUGAAUUUAAAGAGUGUUAAAUGAUCCUAUAGCAAAUUACUGGCGUCAUUCUAUGAAAUACACACUGUGACAUUUAUCACUGCAUGUCUUUUUUUUUUUUUUUUUGGCCAAAUUGGCUGUCCAUGCUGAGGUCAUGCUAUUAUAAUGAUUUAAUGUUUAAUUGCACCUAAAUGUUAAAUGACCACUUGACCUUAUCUUUGUAUAAUAAAGUGCAUUGACUGAAUGUGAUUAAAGUAAAUG